AAGGAGGAGGAGGAGGUGCUGCUGCUUCCCCCGACAAACACACAGACACACACACACACACACCGAUAAUUACACAGGCUAUGACGUACAACGGGUCCCUCCACCCUUGCUGCCAUUUUCCAACUCCUAAUCUGUGACAACGGGGCACCUUCGCUGCUCGUCCUCCAUGUCCAUGCACGGCAGCGAUGUGACUCCUGCAGCGCCAUCACCGCAUAGCCGCCCUAGCUGGCUCUGACAACGUUGCCGUGGUAACCUCACAUCCUCCGCCUCGUCCACUCUGCUCUCCUCUUCCCGAGCACGCACGCACGCACACACCCACGCCGCACGAAACGACACGAGCGGUAUUCCCGCCGCGCCCCUUCUUGCCGUGCCUGAUGAAUAAUCCAUGUAGAGGCAAUUGAGCGGGGAAUGCCGGCCAGGAAGGAACGCCAUGUGGCCAUCUUUUUAGGUGUCUAUCGCUUGAUAAUGGACUCCUGUCCUGGAUCCCGCACUUGGACGCCACCGACACAUUUGGACAGUGAUCCUUGGGACUUUUUUGGGUUGAGCGGCAUCAUGAACAAGACGUGAGGAACGGCGAGGCGGAGGACAGCAUUCCUUACGAGGAAACACAGCGUGACUCCUUCCAGCUCAUCCCUCUGGAGGACUUUAGAAGCUUUCUACCCCCUAGCCAUGUUCUGCUUCUGCUUCCAGAGCCCCUCCCUCAAGCUGCAAGCCCUGGAGGCUGAUUUUAGCCCCCCCGACUUGGAGCAGGAAGACCCCCGGGAUCUGAAGAACCUGCCGGCCAACCAGCAGCCUCUUUUGAGCAGGCAGCCGAGCCCGCGUUUGGACCACAAGCUGCUCUUUCAUUCGCCUCCCUCAACGCCAGCUCAGGACACCGUUGCAGACUCAUCGCAGCACGUUGCUCCCGCAUCCCGAGAUUCUUUCUAUACACUCGGCGGCUCUCCUGAGGUACCUGCCGACCCCCCGGCUAGCUCCCCGGGCAGCCCCCCCCUGCUGUCGGCUUUCAGCACCGGCGAGUGCCCGGUCCCGUCUCCUCGCUGCCCCAACCUGAGCCUUCGCUACAACCUGGACCCCGACGCCGCCCCGUCGCCGCCCUGCUCGCAGCACAUCCGCAUGGCGCGCUGCAGCAUCCGCUCGGAACCAGACGAUUGCUCCCUGUCUGUGUCCGUGUUGAAAAGACACGUUCAGACCUUGAGGAAGAGGAUCAGGCAGCUGGAGGAGCAUUUUGAGCAGGAGAGGCUCAAGGUGAACGCCAAAGGCGAAACGCCUUCUCAUUAUGACAAGAGCGCACCUCCCGAGGUUGCCAGACUGAUUAAGGAGCUACUGAAGAGCCGCAAGCAGCUAAAAGAGCUCAAGCUGUGUCAUGCGGACGAAGACGUCCUGAAAGCACCUUUCACCCCGAGCGAUGCAGACCUUCAGCAAGCCAACAACAAGAGCAACAACGGCAAGCCCAGCGUGGAGGAGACGCUCCACGUCAUCAGCAUGAUGCUGAUGGAGAGUCGGCGAGAGCUCAGCCUUCCAGACAGCAUCAAGGAGAUGAACCCUUCCCAGAUGAGCUUGGAGAAGUCCAGUCUGCAAAAGUGUUUGCUCUACUUUGAGAGUCUGCAUGGAUGUCCGAGUAACGCGAGCGAGCGGUCGCUGGUCAAGCCAUUUUACGAGCGCUACCGCAUCCUCAAACAGAUGCUGCUUUCCUCCGCCACCCCCACACUCAUCACCACCAUUGAGGAAGAGGACGACUCAGAUGACGACCACCCCAAAGAGCAAAACCUGAGACAGCAGUACAUGUCGCCUGUGGAGCCCCCCCCUCCCACCUUGGAAAUGUCCGACACGCCGCUGGUGUCGCCUCUGGACGAAGUCAAGUGUCUCCAGCCGCAGAUUGUCACCAUGGCAACACUCCAUGAGGCUUCCAGAGCGGAAUUACUGGACCAUCUUCGGAUCACCCGCUUGGAAAAACGGAGGCUUCACCGCGCACUGCGGGAGUUUGAGGACCUUUUCUACACCCUGAGUGGCAGGGUGUGUCAAAAGGAGGACCGUGGGCCCAUGGCCGAAGAGUACUGCCAGUACAAGGACCUCAAAGCCAAACUGCGCCUGCUCGAGGCCCUGCUCAGCAAAAAUCAGGACACGCCCAAGAGCAACUGAGCUGACGACGACGACGACGAUGCACUUUACUGGAGGACAGCGGUGAACGUGAUGAUGUUGUACACUGAGAGUUGUGUAAAUCUUGGUGUAGGUGUAUUAUGGCACUCACUGUUUUUUAUCUGUCAUUAUUGUGGAAUAUGCAUUUUUUAAAAUUAUAUUGGGAAAGAAAGGCAUUUGUAUGAAGGGGUGGUAAACAGAAAAACUAAACUGCACAAUUAUGAGCUUUGAAGUCACAAAGCUAUGACAACAGUCUUUUUCUUCAAGAAAACAUUGUAAUAGUUUAAGAAUUAUCAUUCAGAGAACUAACAUUUUGAAAUUUCUAAAAAAAAAAAUACAAAUGUUUAAAUAAUACAACUUUUUUGUGAUUGACUUUUGUUAGAUAUAUAUUUUUUCCGUUGAAGUUGAGGAAACAAAGUUUUCAUGACUUUAGUUUUGUGAAUAACAUUUUUCUUGUAAUAUAUACAUAUACAUUAUAUUUCUCUGGGGGAAAAUAGUUUUGCUGAUACAUUUUUGUUACACUUUCAUUGUAAUAGUGCUAAUUUAAAAUUUUUCGGAACUAACAACUCUACUCGAAAAAGUAAAAUUUUUUGCUGACUUUUUUUCCUUGGAAAAAAAACAAUUUGGUUGCCAUAAUAUUUCUCUUUUUGAGAAAAAUAACCCUCAAUCGAACCCCUUGAAAUCUGCCAACACAUUUUAAAUCAAGGCAUAAAAAGAAAAUCUUUUUUUUUAAUGGCAAUAUUACGUAAAAUAAAAAAAUACAAAUACACCAAAUCAUUUUGUCCAGAGGAAAACAAAAUUACAUUCAGCAAGAACAAAAUAGUCAAAUUACAAGUAAAAUAUUUCUUAAAAUGUUGUCUUAUGAAAAGAAAUUGAGUAAAAAUAGAGAUGGAUUGAAGUUUAAUUUCAUGAAAAAAUGUUACGUAAUAUUACAAUCUUUCAGUUUUUCUUGAAAAAAAAUUAUACAACCAAAUGACUUCAGCUUUUCUGUUCCAGCUUUUCUUUUUUUUCCCCUUUAUCAGUUUGACCCACUUCCCUAUCCAGGGCAAUCCUUAAAACCGUGUCAGGUUUUAAUCCUUCAUUGUGCAUACAUGUAUAUAUAUUUCUAUAUUUUAGUUUCUCGUGACAAUAUUCAGUUUGAAUGUUGCCCUUGCAACCUCGUUAAUGUCACAGCUCCAGUCUUGUCACGUUCCUGUAUCGGCCGCUGUUGCUUAAAUGCUAAUAGUAACAUGAAUCAGAACUCUGUGCACUUCUGGUUUCCAUAACACUAUAGGGCCCCCGCCCUCCCUCCAUGUACAUACGAAUACAAAAUAAAUAUUUUUUCACAUUUA